UUAGUGUGUGUAUGCGUGCGUGCGUGUGUGUGUGUGUGUGUGGACUCCUGGCUGCUGCAGCCUGCAGUUCCCCGCCCCUCCUGCGGUGUCGCUGUGGUCAGCGGUCAGACGGCGGCAGUCAGCAGGGAGGAGCAGGCUUCCGGCCUAAACCUGGACAAAAGGAGCUGAAAGUCUGUAAGAGGAGAAACUUCUGCAUGCAGAUCCAGUCUAAUCCGUCACACCUCCAGCUCCUCAGCCCGACGGCCCUCCGCGGAUGAGCCCGGCUCGCGGCAGCAUGGACACCGAGACGGACGUCAUUCCGAUCUGGCAGAACAAGCCUCAUGGCUCUACGCGCAGUGUGGUGCGGCGGAUCGGCUCCACGCUCCCCCUCAAGCCGCCGCAGCGGGCCCGUUUCCAGGAGCUGCCGGGGCUGCCGGCCCUCCGGCCCGGGGACGGCCCCGCGGUCCCCACCCUGGCGGACAUCGCCUGGAUCGUGGCCGAUGAGGAGGAGACGUACGCCAGAGUGAGGAGCGACUCGCGGCCGCUGAAGCACGAGUGGCGGCCCACGCCGCUGCUGGUGCUGCACCGCAACUCCUCCGUGCCCAACUUCCGCCGCGAGGGCAAACGGAUGGAGGGGCUGAGGAAGCCGGGCGUGACGGCGCUGAACCGGACCACCGCCCUGCAGGACGAGCUCAGCCGGCUGCGCGCCCAGAUCGCCAAGAUCGUGGCCAGCGACACGGGCUCCAACCCCCUGACCCCCGACCUGCUGUCCCCCGAUGACACCAGCAUGAGCUUCUCCAUGGCGCCGUUCGAGACGGCGUCCUUCCAGCCCGCCGCCGCGGCGCCGGCCUCCUUCGUCAUCAGCGACGUGACGGAGGAGGAGGAGGAGGAGGAGGAGGACGAAGAGCAGCCGGUGGAGGAGGAGGACGAGGACGAGAAGGACGCCGUGUCCAUGGUGUCGGAGCUGCUCCCGGACCCCCUGCCCCCGGUCUCCAUGACGGCCUCGGCCACCUUCGACCUGGACCGGCCCAGCAUGGACUUCCGGGAGGCGGAGGAGGACACGGUGUCCCUGUCCAAGUCCACCAGCUUCGCCGACGUCAUGGACAUCCUGAAGGACAUGAACCGCAUGAAGAUGAGCAAGGACCGGUACAGCCGCGGCUGCACGUCGCUGCGUGAGGAGGACUCCGCCACGCUGAUCUCCGAAGCCCUGAAGAAGAAGUUCGUCCUGAGGGAGGAGGACACGGCGGGAGGGAACAGGAAGUAGCUGCCGGGUUCUGUGGAUCCUCUGCCUCCAGCCGGCUGCCUGGGAGAACAUGAACCCCGGAGCUGCGUCAGACUGAACCCAGACCUGGGGGGCCGCGGGAGAUCCCGGACUGGAGAGCCCCGCCGGUUCUGGACUGUCCCCCCUCACACUGACACCCCCCCCCAUUUCCUUUAGUUGUUUUUAACGUUAAACUGAAACCUGGUGUCAACAAGCUCAGCAAGAUACUUGAAAUGAGUUUCUGUACAGGUGUGUGUGUGUGUGUGUGUGUGUGUGUGUGUUGGGGGUGGAGCUGGGCGGCGCCCCCCAGUGGGGAAUCUGAAGCCUUACUGUUGAACUGUUGAUCAUUUUUCUCCCGUGUUUCUUCAGAGUGCCGUGUGUUCUGCCCCCCCCCCCGUUCAUGUAUGUUCAGUUAUGACACACACACCGCCCCUCCUCCCCACAGGACGGAGAGGAGGUCACUGUUUGAAGAUAUAUCAUUAUUGUGUGUUGGGUUGCGUUUCCCAUCAACCCCUCUGCUCGUGUGUGGAUUUGUAAAUAAAGACUGUGCCGAUGUUUUCCA